UCUUUCCACAGAGCAUCAAGAUCUUCUAAAUUUCCUGUUUCUUGGUUCAUCGGCGAUGGAGCCAGAGGCAAUGCUGAAGAGUCCCGAGACCCACAUCACUAACGGAGCGUCCAGGGAAGGGUUUCGCGAGUUUGAAGACUCGCACAACAGUGCUCCCGAAGCCUACGCGUACGACUCCCUGGAAGAGUACGAAAGCUACUUCUCCAAAGUGGUCGUUUCCAACAGCGAGGAAGCGCGCGGAUCUUCGAGCGAGGAUGAAAAGAAGGACAAGUCCGACGAGGGCUCCCUGGUGCCGAGCGAGGAGCUCAGGAAAGUCCUCGAUCCCGGCGUGUUCACGGCAUCGGUCUACCCGUCGUACAUCCGAGAACUGCGCACCAUCAUGGAGGACACGUGGAGAAUGCUCAAGACGGGGACGGUUGGAGGAGCCCUGGGCCUGGACCUUGGCUGCGGACCUAUGGUCCAGUUUCCGCUGCUGCUGACCAGCAACGUGGAGUGCAUGGUACUUGCCCACUACUUUGACCAGACAAAGACCAUCAUCCAGGGAUGGCUGAAGGACGACCAGGACAAUGUGUUGAACCUCAACGAUAUGCUUGCAUCGGCCGCCACGCUCGCUGACAAGCCUGGGAAUGCCUUGAAGGAACAGCUCAAGAGCUGCGUGGCAGAUGUGGUGUCCUGCGACCUGUUGAACCGCGAAAAGGGCCACUUCCUUCCCGAGAAGUAUGACCAGAAUGACACGUUCGAUGUGGUCGUCACCUCGCUGCUGCUCGAGGCGGUCAUCCCUGAUCUGGACACCUACACCAAGGUCAUCAAGAGGAUCCAGGGGCUGCUGAAACGGCGGGGCCACCUGCUCAUGAACGGGGUGCUGGGCAUGACCCACUGGGACACGAAGGCCGGCCGGUUCAACUGCGUCACCCUCACCAAGGAGAGCCUGGAGAAGGUGUUCCGCGACUGCGGCUUCCUCGACCUCGAGUGGACCAUCGUGGACCGCGAGUACUUCCACUCGGUCAGCGACUACGCAAAGUCCUUCCUGCUCCUCGCCAGGAAGCCGUGAGGCCCUAAUCCGUCCACUUUGCGCCGGAACUGAGACCCAAAUGCCCUCAUUUCGGUGUUAUCGGCUGAAGCAUCAAAUAAAGAAAAAAAGGAUAUUCCCAUUCGCGACUCCAGCAAAACAAACCGCACCUAUACUUUGUGUCACUAUAGUUGUGUGCAGUACAGGCAAAGGCAACGCCAGGCAAAGAGAGAAAGGGCGAGCACUAGGAAGGCGGGACGGGAGAGGAGGGCAAUGGAGGGCGAGGGGAGAAAGGGAGAGCACUAGGA